GGAAUACUGGCCCGAUACUUCUUCCGUUCAAAGCAUUUCUUUGGAAGCAGCUCGGAAAAGAGUGCGUUUGGUGUGGUUGGGUUUACCACGUGUUAAGUAAUAUUUUGGCAAAAUGGGUCGUAUGCACGCGCCUGGUAAGGGUAUAUCCCAGUCAGCAUUACCAUACAGAAGAAGUGUCCCCAACUGGUUGAAAUUGAAGGAUGAAGACGUUAGGGAGCAAAUCAGCAAAUUGGCCCGCAAGGGUCUUACUCCUUCUCAAAUAGGUGUAAUUCUCAGGGAUUCACAUGGUGUUGCGCAAGUGAGAUUUGUGUCACAAAAUAAAAUCCUGCGCAUUAUGAAAGCUAUGUCCUUGGCUCCAGAUCUACCAGAGGACCUGUAUUACCUUAUUAAGAAAGCUGUAGCAAUCAGAAAGCAUUUGGAAAGAAACAGGAAGGACAAGGAUUCAAAGUUUCGCCUGAUUCUUGUGGAGUCAAGAAUCCACCGGCUUGCUCGGUACUACAAGAAGAAGACUAUUCUUCCACCAAACUGGAAAUAUGAAUCAAGCACAGCAUCUGCUCUUGUUGCAUAAGAAAAUGUAUCAAUAAAUAAUAAAUUUAUUAUGAAAACUGAA